AUGGCGGGACCGGCCCCGCACCGGAGCGGGUCCCUCUCCGUGAGGGGACAGCGCGGGGCCAAUCAGCGCCCGUCUUUCAUCGGCCUCCUCCGCGCCGCGCCCAAUCAGCGCCCGUCUUCUAUCGGCCCCCUCUCCGCUCCGCGCCCAAUCAGCGCGCGGCUCCCGGAACGCGCCCCUCCCUCGCGUGCGCUCCCGGCCCUGAGCGCGGCGCGCGCGCCCCCUGCCGGCCGGACAGUGCAGAGCGCCCCCCCCCCCCCCCCCCCCCCCCCCCCCCCCGACGGUGCCGGUGGCUCCCGCCGGCCCGGGAGAGCCCUGAAGAAAAUGGGGCUGACGGAGGAUGAGGAUGUCCAGCGGAUGCUCCAGGGGUCGCUGCUGUGGAAGGUGAAGGCCAAGGGGGGCGGCAGGGAGCGGCUGUUCCGCCUGCAGGAGGACGGGGUCACCGUCUGCUUCGAGGGACGCUUCGGGCGCGCCCGCUCCCCCCGGAGCUUCUCGGUGGCGCACAUCGAGGCCGUGCGCCAGGGCCGCCAGUCGGAGGGGCUGCGCAAGCACGGAGCCGCCUUCCCCGAGCGCCACUGCUUCACCCUCGCCUUCAAGGGCCGCCGCAAGAACCUCGACCUGGCCGCCCGCGGCGAGGAGGAUGCCCGGCACUGGGUGCAGGGGCUCGCCAAGCUGAUGGGGAGGCUGCAGGCCAUGAGCCAGAUGGAAAAGCUCGACCACUGGAUCCAUGGGGUCCUGCAGCGGGCAGACAGGAACAGGGACAACAAGAUGUCCUUCCGGGAGGUGAAGAGCAUGCUGAGGAUGCUCAACAUCGACAUGGACGAUGUCUACGCCUCCAAGCUCUUCAAGGAGUGUGACCGCUCGGGCAACGAGCGGCUGGAGGGCCGGGAGCUGGAGGAGUUCUGCCGGCGGCUGCUGCGGCGGCCGGAGCUGGAGGAGCUCUUCGGGCGCUACUCGGGCGAGGACCGGCUGCUGUCGGCCGAGGAGCUGCAGGAUUUCCUGCGGGACCAGGGCGAGGACUCCAGCCUGCGCCAGGCCCGCGCCAUCAUCCGCACCUAUGAGCUCAACGAGAAGGGUGGGGCUCGGGGCGGGCGCUGGGGUGGGCACGGCCAGGGGAGGGCGCGGGUGGAGGGACGGGGCUCUGACUGGUGCCAUCACCCCCCCGAACGGGUAUGGGGUCCUCCAAGGUUCCUGUUGCUGGUGUCCACUCCCAGUGUCAGCCAUCCAACACGUGGCCCCACCGGCGGCAGCAGCAGCACCGAAGCCUAUGUCAGGGCGCUGAGGGCAGGGUGCCGCUGUGUGGAGCUGGACUGCUGGGAGGGCUCGGACGGGGAGCCUGUCGUGUACCACGGCCACACGCUCACCUCCAAAAUCCUCUUCCGUGACGUCAUCGAGAGCAUCCGCGACUCCGCCUUCGAGAAAUCCCCCUACCCCGUCAUCCUGUCGCUGGAGAACCACUGUGGGCUGGAGCAGCAGGCCACCAUGGCCCGGCACAUGAAGGCCAUCCUGGGGGACAGGCUCCUGACACAGCCCCUGCCGGGGCAGGACCCUCAGCAUCUCCCCUCACCAGAGCAGCUGAAAGAAAAGAUCCUGGUGAAGGGCAAGAAGCUGCCAGAGCUGUGGCAGGAGCCCCGGGGUGUCACCUCCCUUCUGGACCCCGAGGAGGAGGAAGAGGAAGAGGAGGAAGAUGAAGAGGAGGAGAAGGUGCAGGAGAGAAGCCCCCGGAGGUCGCUGCAGUCUCUCCAGGAGAUCAAACCUCUGCAGGCCAAGGACGCGGCGCAGGUGUCCCCAGAGCUGUCGGCCCUGGUGGUGUACUGCCAGGCUGUGCCCUUCCCCGGGCUGGCCCAGGCCCUGCGCCACCCCCAGCCCUGCCACGUGUCCUCCUUCAGCGAGAGGAAGGCACGGAAACUCAUCAGGGAGGCAGGCCCGGCGCUGAUCCGGUACAACACCCACCAGCUCAGCCGCGUGUACCCGCUGGGGCUCAAGAUGAACUCCGCCAACUACAACCCCCAGGAGAUGUGGAACGCCGGCUGCCAGCUGGGUGAGACCCCCGGGGCCCCCAGACCCGGCCCCUCGCCCCNCCCCAGACCCGGCCCCUGCCCCCCCGGCCACGGGCCCCGGCGCCUGGCGCUGCACGUCAGGGUGAUCACAGCACAGCAGCUGCCCAAGCUGAACAGGGACAAGGGCAGCUCCAUCGUGGAUCCCUUCGUGCGCGUGGAGAUCCACGGGAUCCCGGCCGACUGCGCCAAGCAACAAACCCACCACAAGCUCAACAACGGUUUCAACCCGCGCUGGGAGGAGACGCUGCGGUUCCAGGUGCGGGUGCCCGAGCUGGCGCUGGUGCGGUUCGUGGUGGAGGACUACGACAGCACCUCCUGCAACGACUUCGUGGGGCAGUUCACGCUGCCCCUGGCCAGCAUGCGCCAAGGGUACCGCCACAUCCACCUGCUCUCCAGGGACGGGGCGGCCCUGUCGCCCGCCACGCUCUUCGUGCAUGUUCGGUGCAAGAGCCUGUGAGUGUCCUCAGGAGGGACAGGCGUCCUUGUGUCCCCGAGGUGCCCGUGGCAGGGACGGCCUGUCUCCGAGUGGGGGACAACAGGCUCCUCCGUG